AUGGCUCUUUCUUCAGCCAAGGCUCCAAAGUACACAUAUGCCAAACUGGACAGCUUGAAAGCUGGAUCUGUUGUCAAUGUGUAUGGUGUAGUGGUGUUCUUCAAACAGCCUUUUAAGAGCCGUGGUACAGAUUUCUGCUCUAGCCUGAAGAUUACUGACCACUCUAAUGAAAAGAUUGGCUGCACCAUCUUCUGUGAGAAACUGGAGGACCAUCCCAAAAUCUUUCGGAAUGGAGACAUUGUUCGCAUGCACAGAGUUAAGGCUCAAGUUUUCAACAAGUCCAUCACGCUGGUCAACACCUUUGGUUUUUCUGUGGUGACAUUUGAUGGGGUGAAAGGUGCACCGGUCGAACCACGGACAUCCAGCCGUUCAUUCCACUUUGACCCAGACGACCAGCGGACGGUGGAGGAGCUACGAUCCUGGGCUGCCAGUCAGGCUCUCUUCGCCUCAGUUACCAGCACAGUCCCACUGUCUGCUGUUCAGCCCAAAGCUUACUUUGACCUGACCUGCCAGCUGCUGGCCAAGGCCCCUGUUGAUACCACCUGCACCUUGUUGAGGGUGUGGGAUGGGACCAGGUGUCCUCACACUCUGCUGAAGGUAAUUGUUGAGCCACAUGUCACAGAGGGACAGUUGUCCUUCUCCAAGGAGAGGGAGAACCUCAUUGCCGAUGUCCUCGUCUAUGACAACCAUGUGGAAGUGGCUAGAAAACUGAAGCCUGGAGUCUUCCUGAGGAUCUACAACCUGCGAGCAAUUGCAGGAUCCAGUACAGUGCCUGGUCUUACCAGAAGCCAAUUACAGGUAGAUCACCUGGCUUUUCAUCUGCACGGAGGGACGUCAUAUGGCAGAGGGAUCGGGAUUCUUCCUGAUAACAGCCCUGACGUGCAGGAGCUGAAGAGAGUUAUUGAAGCUUUCCAAGAAAAUGAUGAAGAAGCACUCUCUGAACUCAACGACUCAGAUCUCUUGGAGGUCUGGAAAACUCCACCAGAGUCUCUUGAUGGUGAAACACUGGAUUGCAGUACAGAGAGAAGCUGUGGCCAUGACAUGCAGAAGGUGACACUAUCUGAAGUUAAGCGGAGUGGCCUGGGUCGAGUUCACCAUGUCAGGGCCCAGCUGAAGGCCUAUGAACCCCACAGACUGCAUGAGGCGCUCAAGCUUUACUGCAGCAAGUGUAAAUCAAUGCAGGAUGUCCCAGAUGAUGAGCUGUUGGAAAGUAUCUUCUCUGAGGCAUCAAAGGACUGUGGACCCUGCAGUCCCCCACCAUGGGUGCUCUCUGGACAGGUCAGCCUCCCAAGACACGCCCCAGGUCCCUCAAACCGAGCUCUAACUGUUUACCUGCUCACUCAGCUUAUGUUUGAGGGCAAAACCAAGGAUGUCAUCUUGCUCAUGGGUUCAACACUGGAGGAAAUGUGCCAGCUCAUGGCCAGCUACCAGAACAUCAUCCCCGUAAGGGCAUCAGGAGGUCACCUGUCUCUGUUCGACCUAUCUGCACCUUUUCUGUUCAGAGGCAGGAAAAGAUACUACGGCUGUAAGCGGUGUUCCAAGGCUGCAGUGAGGGAGCAGAGUUGGGAAGGAGUUGAGAUGAUAGAUGAGAAAAUUAUCGCUGAAGCUCUCGGCAUUCAGCCGCUGCAGUUCAUCCUGCUAAUGAAACUGGAGCUGCAGGAUGCCACCGACACGCUGGAUGUCUUCCUGUGGAGACACGCUGAAUCAUUCUUUGGUGUGUCUGCAGAGGAUGCUUCAGCCAAUCAGGAAGCUCAGAACAGCAUCUGCCAAAUCAUGGACUCUCUCUGUCCACCAGGUGGCAACGUGGGUCAGCACCCAUGGCUCGACUUAUGUUUGAUGGCAUAUCAAGCAGAGGACGACGAUGGACAGACCUGCUAUCAGGUCUGUCACACGACUGUUGUGAAACCCUCAUCUGAAUGAUCUGACACCAUCUGCACCACCUGUGGGAAAGAUUCAGAUAAAAUUCUGAUCAGAGGAUUCUGAUUCUGUCUGUUGUUGCUUUAUUUCUUUACAUUUCUAUUUAUUGUGUAAAUAAAGUUAAAAACUGAAUAAAA